AGGCAUAUACUUUUACGCAGUUUCCCUUUGUUCUUCUUCACUUAAUAAAUUAAAAAACAAUAAAAAAAUCUUCUGCAUUUCAUUUUUUUCCUUCGCGCGUUAAUCCGUUUUUUUUUUCUCAUAAAAAAAUUCCACAAUUCAAUUCUAAAUUUCAAAUGCAAUCGAUACAGAGCAGAGUGGAGACAUGGAUCAAGGACCAGACAUCGAAGAUCUUGAAGGUCUCGUGGGGUCCAUUACAAUGGCGGAUGAAAUGGCCGCCGUGGAUUAACGCCGAUAGAGAACAACAUCGGAAGCUGAUUCAACAGGAGUAUGAGCGGCGACGAUUACAGCUUCACGAUCUUUGUGACGCCGUUAAAGCUGACUCCAUUUCUGAUUUGCAGGAUAUUCUUUGCUGUAUGGUGCUCGCUGAGUGCGUCUACAAGAGACCGGCUAUUGAGAUAAUUCGAUCUGUGAACAAAUUUAAAGCUGAUUUCGGAGGACAAGUUGUUUCGCUUGAGCGCGUGCAACCUUCUUCGGAUCAUGUUCCUCACAGGUAUCUAUUGGCAGAAGCAGGCGAUACAUUAUUUGCUUCCUUUAUUGGGACAAAGCAGUACAAGGAUGUUAUGACCGAUGCAAACAUACUGCAAGGUGCUAUAUUCCAUGAUGAUUACAUGGAGGACGCUACCCAGAUUGAAACUAUUGAAUCUGGGCAAGGCGAAAGUCAAAACAAUGCAGGAUAUCAAUGGAAUCCUCUUGCACCAAAGCCCAACAAACUAAAAGAUCAGCCCAAGCCUGCUGCUCAUCGAGGGUUUUUGGCCCGCGCUAAGGGUAUACCUGCUUUAGAGUUAUACAGACUUGCUCAGAAGAAGAAUCGGAAACUAGUGUUAUGCGGACAUUCACUUGGUGGUGCAGUUGCAGCGUUAGCUACUCUUGCCAUUCUGAGGGUUAUUGCAGCAUCCUCCCCAUCAAAAGGAAGCGAAAAGAUUCAGGUCAAAUGUAUCACUUUUUCCCAGCCGCCAGUUGGGAAUGCUGCUCUAAGAGACUAUGUCCAUGAAAAAGGCUGGCAACACUAUUUUAAAAGCUAUUGUAUUCCUGAAGAUUUGGUGCCCCGCAUCCUAUCUCCAGCCUAUUUUCAUCAUUAUAAUGCUCAACCUUUGCCAACGCGUUCUGAGGUUGAAACUACCGGUCAAUCAAUGACAAAAGCUGAGCAAGGAAUAGAAAAAUCAAGGCCACAGAAGCUGAAGGAGAGUCAGGUGGAGCAGUUGGUUCUUGGUUUAGGCCCUGUGCAGACAUCUUUUUGGAGACUUUCAAGGCUUGUUCCUUUAGAGGGUAUAAAGAGGCAAAUUAAUAAAUACAAGAGAAAUCAAGUUGAUCCAAUUGAGUCAGCAACGACAAAUAAUUCUGCUGUAACAUCUUCAGUUGAGCAUGUAGUAGCUGAACCGCAGUCUCUUGAAAUCCAAGAGGGUUCUGAUGGCAUAUCUCUUAAACCAAUAUCUAAUAUUAUUGAUGGUGAAGCAAUUACUGAAAAAUAUACCGAAAAGGGCAAUGAUAAAGAUAGAAGAAACUGGCACAGAGUGCCAUAUUUACCUUCAUAUGUCCCAUUUGGAGAGCUAUAUCUGUUGGAGAACUCUUCAGUGGAAUUAUUAUCAGGGGCAGAGUACUCAAAAUUAACAUCGGUCAAAUCUGUGAUUGCUGAACUAAGGGAAAGAUUUCAAUCACAUUCCAUGAGAUCCUAUCGGUCUCGAUUUCAGAGGAUCUAUGACAGGUGCAUGGGUGAUGGUGUUUCACCUUUCACAGGAAUGGAACAACUGCCUCAGUUUCUGCAUUUGCAACAGUGGCUUGGCCUUGCGGUUGCAGGUGCUGUAGAGCUUGGGCAGAUUGUAGAAUUGCCUGUAAUUCGCACAGCCACUUCAAUUGUUCCACUUGGAUGGAGUGGUGUUCUCGGUGAUAAGAAUGGAGAACCCUUAAAGGUUGAUAUUACCGGUUUUGGCUUACACCUUAGUAACCUGGUUCAUGCUAGGGUAAAUGGUAACUGGUGUUCAACUAGAGUGGAGUCAUUUCCUUCAGUGCCCAGCCACUCUUCACCUCAUGAGGUACAGCCAGAACUACAAAAGAUUAGGGUCUUAGUUGGAGCUCCUCUGAGACGACCACCAAAGCAUCCAGUAGUGGCAGAUUGCAUGAUACCUGUUUAUUCUUCUAUUGAUGUCGAUGCUGAUAAUCUCAGUAGAGAUCAUAGUUUAGGACAUGAGAAGAAAUCUCUCCGCCCUGAAGAUUUGGAUGAUUUUUGCAUUUUUUGUACAAGUGAUUUUGCUACUGUCUCUAAGGACGUCCAUGUCAGAACUCGUAGGGUGCGAUUACUUGGCCUUGAGGGUGCCGGUAAAACAUCUCUUUUUAAGGCAAUUACGGGACAAGGCAGGCUCUCCACUCUUGCCAGUUUUGAGAACACACAUAUGGAAGUUAAUAUUCAAGAAGGCAUUGCUGGUGGUAUCUGCUAUAUGGAUUCAGCCGGGGUAAAUUUGCAGGAGCUUAAUAUUGAGGCUUCUCGUUUCAGAGAUGAACUGUGGAUGGGCAUUCGCGAUCUCUGUCAGAAAACAGAUUUAAUAAUUCUUGUGCAUAACAUGUCGCAUAAGAUUCCUCGAAGCAGCAGCCAAAAUGCAUUACAGCAACAACCAGUCCUUUCACUUCUUUUGGAUGAGGCUAAAGCUCUUGGAAUUCCUUGGAUUCUUGCGGUAACAAAUAAAUUUUCUGUUAGUGCACACCAACAGAAAGCAGCAAUUGAUGCUGCUUUACAGGCGUAUCAAGCAUCUCUAGGCUCCACAGCAGUGGUGAAUUCCUGUCCUUAUGUUAUCCACAGUGCCGCUGCUGCUGCAAGUGCCUCCUUGUCGUUGGCUGCAAGUGAGAGGGAUUCUGGUGGGCGGAUUGGUGUCCAAAAGCUUAAUUUUUCACCAAUUAAUUUUAUUCGGAUGCCCUUUCAAAGAAAAGACACCAUUUUUCCCGUUGAGGGUGUGAACUCACUUUGCCAGCUUGUCCACCGUGUGCUACGGAGUCAAGAAGAGGCAUCUUUACAGGAACUGGCGAGGGAUAGACUGGUGGCAGAACUGGCUCGGGAGAGUGCAAUGGCAAUAGAUGCAAGUCGAGACUCUCAAGCCAAGGAGUCUUCCUUGACGGCCGCCGCAGUCGGUGCUUCCCUUGGGGCUGGUGUUGGCCUUGUCUUGGCUGUUGUCAUGGGUGCCGCAUCUGCUUUGCGAAAGCCAUGAGUAUGAAUUGAUUUAUUCCAUCACAUCCAACAAUUUCUGGCCGUUGGAUACGGUAGCUAGUGUAAAUUGUAUAUUAUCGCACUUUAGUGACAUUGGUAGCAGUUUACGGACAAUCAUUUAUUCCAUUCUAUUAUGAUUGAUGUAAAUUCAUUAGAAUCUUUGCUGUUCUUUAGGUUGCUGUUUAGUUGAGUUUUCUGUAAUGUAACUAAGAAGGGCUAUUUCCCAAUUUAGGAGCAAAUAGUUUCAAAAUUCUCCAAUUGGGUGAUUUUGAAACAUUUUUA